CAUCAUUUUUACUGAAAAAAAAAGAAUAAUCGCCAACCCUAACACAAAAAGGAGAAGAAAAAAAUUAUAAAAUUGAAUGCCUUUACAUAAAGCGUUGGGAGCCUCGCGAGUGAUGGGCAGGGACCAGGGGGAGUCAAUGCAAAAAAUAUCCAUCCGAGAGCGAGGAAGCUUAAUCAAUAAGGGAGGAUUAUAAUGUGCAGUUUUGUAGCAUAACGUCUGGAAAAUUGUAUUCUGUAACUGCUCAAGCGAAUGCCGCAUCAUAAUUACCCUGCUAGGACCGUUAACUGAUCAUUUGUUCAGCGCAGUCAAAGGAUUUUAUCCUCUAACGUGUUCUUGCUCUUACCGGCAUCUCUCCCCUCUACACGGAUACCUUGAAGCAUCGCGACCUCUUCACGGAGCAUUCAAGGCCAAAUUUGGUGGAAAUUUUGGUAGGCUAAUUUAUUGAAUGUAACCGUAUUAAUUAUUUGGUCGCCGUAUGAAUUCUGUUAUCGGGUUAGUGUCAGCGUACGUUUUUGUUUUUCGGGCAGCCAGUGCGUUUCGAGGGCAGUCUCUCUGUCAUUAAAGACAUUUGAUUCGUGAUCCCCCGAUUCCUACCUCUGGAAUAUGUCGGGACAGACCAUCACGGACCGGAUCGCCGCGGCUCAGCACAGCAUGAGCGGCUCAGCUGUAAGCAAAGCCGUCUGCAAGGCCACGACGCAUGAGGUCAGCGGACCGAAGAAGAAGCACCUUGACUACCUGGUCCACUGCACCAACGAGUUGAGCGUGGGUGUGCCCCUCCUGGCCGACGCACUGCUGGAGAGGACCGCCAGCAACAGCUGGGUGGUGGUGUUCAAGGCCCUCAUCACCACACACCACCUCAUGAUGUACGGCAACGAGAGGGUCAUGCAGUACCUGGCGUCCAAAAACAACCUCUUCAACCUCAGCAGCUUCCUGGACAAGGCAGCCCUCCAAGGGUAUGACAUGUCUACGUUCAUACGGCGGUAUAGCCGCUACCUAAAUGAGAAGGCAAUGACCUACAGACUGGUGGCUGUAGACUUCACCAAGAUGAAGAGAGGGGUUGACGGAGUGAUGCGUACCAUGACAACAGAGAAACUGAUCAAGACUCUCCCCAUCAUCCAGAACCAGCUGGACGCUCUUCUGGACUUCCAGGCUAACUCCAAUGAACUGACAAACGGCGUGAUAAACACAGCGUUUAUGCUGCUAUUUAAAGACUCCAUCCGACUAUUUGCUGCGUACAAUGAGGGCGUCAUCAACAUGCUAGAGAAGUAUUUUGACAUGAAGAAGCAGCAGUGUAAAGAGGCCCUGGACAUCUAUAAGACCUUCCUCAGCAGGAUGACCAAGCUAUCAGAGUUCCUCAAAGUUGCAGAGGCCCCUAGCAGUCUUCUGGAAGCUCUGGAGCAGCACCUGGCCUCUCUGGAGGGGAGGAAGAGCAAGGACCUCCCUGCAACCAGAGCCAGCGUGCUCACCAGCCCUGUGGGUGCAGCUCAAUCCGGAAGCAUCUCUCUUAGUCGCCUGGAUGACAAGACAGACGACAGCAGGCUGACUCAGCACAAGGAGGAGGGGCCUAAGAUGAGUGACAGCCAGGCCGUGUCGCCCGGCACCCAGUCCGUGGGAGGGGCUGCUGACCUGUACUCCACCUCACCUGGUGCACCUGCCCCCAGCCAUGAGUUGUUCACUCUGCAGGCCAGCUUCCCUCCAGCCAUCCAGACCACGCCCACUGUGCCAAACACCAAUCACUACGCCUGGGGAGGCGGCCUGCUGAAGCAAGCCCCGCCGCCUCACAUACACAACCCUGCACAGCUGCAUUCUGGGAAGAUGUUGCCUAGCGACCUAGACUCCUCCCUUGCCAACCUGGUCGGCAACCUGCAGUUUGGAGGAACACCAGCCAAGAAGCCAGAGCUGCAGUGGAACCAGCUGGUUGAGAAGAAGCCGUCAGGAGGCUGGCAGUCUAAGACCAUGGUCACCAGCAGCAACUGGACCCACGCCACACACCCCAUGGCACCCCAGCCGAUGCCUGUCCCUCAGAUGAAUGGAAUGAUCUACACAGGCUAUGCUCCUGCUCCUAUGGCGUUUCCCAUGACGACCCCUCAAGUGCCUGUUUAUGGGAUGCUCCCCCCCCAGAUGGGACCAAUGGGGGCGGUUCCCAUGAUGGCCCCUCAGCCUGUGAUGUACAACCAGCCGGUCCUGCGGCCUAGCAACCCGUUUGGCCCCAUGCCAGGAGCCCAGGUAACACACCCCUGGCACGCACACCUGAUGCACUUUAUGUAGGGGCAGAAGUGUCACCAUGGCAACACAGAGAGGAAACACCCAUCGAGAUCCAAACCCCGCAAAGGAGAAAGAAGAAGGAAUGGAUGAUUAGGAGUAGGAAAGGAGGAGGAAGGAAGGGAUAAGGAGGAGGAGGAAGGGAAGAUUGGAGAGGGUAGAAAGGGGGUGUGGCAGGAGAACGGAAGACAAAAACAGAGACCCGUCACAUGACCUCUCCUGGCUCACCGCCUCUGCUCCAUGCUGUUGUCAUGGCUGAAUCCUCACACACACACACACACACAAACAUAUACUCUGUAUUUACUGUUCUGAGUGGGUUAUGUAACGUGAAGUGAAUGACUGAUUCCACAAUGACGCCAGUGGGAAGUUUGGAACUGGUUCAGCCCUUCACCAUCCAGACCCGGCCAUCAUAGCCCCGUCCCCAUACAACAGGCCACUCCCUCCACCACAUGCCCCUCCACUACAUAAUAGACCACUCCCUCCGCCCAAAGGCCCCUCCCCUACAACUAGACCUCGCAGACCCAGCCCUCUCCAUGCCCCGCCCCCAAACCAAGCUCUAUCUACCAUAAAUCUCUGAUAAUUUGCACGCACUUUAAUCUAUGUGAACUUGCCAAGGGUGUACAUACAGUACUGUUGAACCAUUAGCAUCCGGAUCUAACCAUUUGAGUCUUUGUUAUAUGUGUUUGAUUCCAUUCAGUUUCUGUGUAUACAUCGUUCUGUGUGCUGGUUAGCCAGUGUAGCUCUGUACUAUCAGAGACCUGUGCAAGUGCUAUGAAUGUAGGAUGGUACGGUACCCUCAUUAUUUCAGAACACACACACACACUCCCUUUGUGCUGGUUUCUGUUCCGCCUGCUUCAUAUCACAGUUGUAUGUGAAGUAUCGAUGAUGUUGCCAUAAGAACAGUUUUGACCACUCAGAGAGAGAAGCUGUUCUAAUACCUUUUCCCAUAAAGCUCCUUGAUAGUCUUUACCCAUAAUGGUCCUGGACAGUCUUUACCAGUCUUUACCCAUAAUGCUCCUGCGCAGUCUUUACCCAUAAUGCUCCUGGACAGUCUUUACCAGUCUUUACCCAUAAUGCUCCUGCGCAGUCUUUACCCAUAAUGCUCCUGGACAGUCUUUACCAGUCUUUACCCAUAAUGCUCCUGGACAGUCUUUACCAGUCUUUACCCAUAAUGCUCCUGGACAGUCUUUACCCAUAAUGCUCCUGGACAGUCUUUACCAGUCUUUACCCAUAAUGCUCCUGGAGAGACUUUACCCAUAAUGCUUCUGGACAGUCUUUGCCAGUAUUUACCCAUAAUGCUCCUGGACAGUCUUUACCCAUAAUGCUUCUGGACAGUCUUUACCAGUCUUUACCCAUAAUGCUCCUGGAGAGACUUUACCCAUAAUGCUUCUGGACAGUCUUUGCCCAGAUUGCUCCUGGCCAGACAUUAACAGACUUUACCCAUAAUACUCUUGGCCAGUCUUUACCCAUAAUGCUCCUGUUUAGAAAUUACCAGUCUUUCCCCAUUAUGCUAUUGGCCAGUCUUUACCCAUAAUUCUCCUGGCCAGUCUUUACCCAUAAUUGGUCCAGAUGCAUCCUUCUCUGGGAUUGACCCAGAAUGAUUGAGUGGCAGACAGACAGGAAGGGAAAUUGACAGACAGGAUGGGAGACAGACAGACAGGUAGGCAGACCACAGACACAGUAUUUAUAGCACAAAUCUUGGAGGAAGGGGUGGGUCUCUGGCACAAGUAUUGAACCACAGCUGGGAUGUACAGAAGAGGGGUUGCUGGGAAGUAAUUGUUUUCUAUUGAUUGUGUUGUAUAUGUACUGUAUGUUCUGUAUGUACAUGUAUGUAUGUAUAUAUGUAAAUGUAUUUGCGUGUGUGUGUGUCUGUGUGUAUACAUGCCUUCCCAUCGAGAUAACAGGGUGAUGUUCCUUCAUGAGGCAUCCAGGCCUUCGUGUGCUGCCGUGGCCGGUGGCAUGUUCUUAGCGUAACUAGUCUUGUGUUCUACAUGUGUGCUGGAGGGUGAAAGGACCUUUUAUCAGUCUUCGGGAGCCCCCUGUCCUGUCCCUGUCCCCGCCCCCUGCCUCCCCUGACCGAGCCCCCAUCUCUGUCCCCGCCCCCUGCCUUCCCUGACCGAGCCCCCAUCCCUGUCUCUGCCCCCUGCCUUCCCUGACCGAGCCCCCAUCCCUGUCCCCGCCCCCUGCCUCCCCUGACUGAGCCCCCAUCUCUGUCCCUGCCUCCCCUGACCAAUUCCCCAUCUCUGGGCCCGCCCCCUGCCUCCCCUGACCGAGCCCCCAUCUCUGUCCCUGCCCCCUGCCUCCCCUGACCGAGACCCCAUCCUUGUCCCCGCCCCCUGCCUUCCCUGACCGAGCCCCCAUCUCUGUCCCCGCCCCCUGCCUUCCCUGAACGAGCCCCCAUCUCUGUCCCCGCCCCCUGCCUUCCCUGACCGAGCCCCCAUCCCUGUCCCUGGAGCUCUUCUAACCAGAUACCAUUUUGUAGAUUUUAUGCGUGUUCUAUUUCCUGUCUCCUCUGUGUCAUGGCAACAUCCCUUCCUGUCAGCUGCUUGACAGGUCGACUUGGGACGGGUCCAUUUCCUGUCCUCUGUAUAUAGAUGUGUUCUCUGUACCUGGAAGCCCAUUGGACGACAUUCAUGGGACGUUUUAUUGCUGUCUGUGAUUGGGUGAUUGUGUUUGAUCUAUGACGGGUCAGUGUGUGUAUCGUGUCCACCUGGAGGGAGGGGGGGUCAGUGUGUGUAUUGUGUCCACCUGGAGGGGGGUCAGCAUCUCUUCUACCGAGAGUGUCUUCACCAGACAGUGGACGCUCGCUCCACGAUCUUAGCAGGAACAUUUUUGCACCAAAGUCAACGAUGCGCAGCUUCCUCCUUCGUCGCUUGGCCAGGAGGACUUUUGAGUUCAGUGACGACGUCUCUUUUGCAUGAUUAAAUGUUGUCUUUUGAUUGGCCUGUGUGCCCGGUACAGCAUGACCAUACUGUGAACUCCUACCGGCGUGUUUGGAAACGUGUAGGACUGUUCUCCCUGGGGAGAGGAUCCUCUUUGACAUGAACAAGCAUGGACGUUCAUCCCUGUGUUUCACCUGGACAGAGUGCUGAUGAGGGGGUCUGGAUGAUCAGCCGACCGGCAGCCUAUGGGUGGUCAGGCUGGUUCCCAUGGCACCCCCUGGAGGUCAGGGUUGUUACUGUGGCACCCCCUCCACAACAGGGUGGUUACCAUGACACCCCCUCCAGGUCAGGGUGGUGAUUGGUUACCAUGACACCCUCUUUGAAACAAGAUAGACCCAAUGCUAGCUAUAACCCAGCUAGAUAGACUUCUCAGUCAUGUAACUUAUUGUGAUGCUGUUGUCUUCAGUAUGUGUUGAAUGCUCUUUCUUUGAAUGCUCUGCUACUGUUCAUCCGUGUCUGAGUUUAGACCCUGUUCUAACAGAUUUAUUAAUGUUCACUGUGAAUAACUCUCUACUCCUCAUUCCUGACUCUUUCUCACCCCUCCUGACUGCCUACUCACCCCUUCUGACUCCCCCCUCCAGUCUCCCCCCACUCACUCCUCCCAAUUCCCCCUCCUGACCCCCCUCACACCUCAGACUCUCUCUCAACUCCCCCCUCCUGACACCACCCGCCCCCCUUCUGACCCGCUUCUCCCGACUCCCCACUUCUGACUCUCCACUCAACCCUGCUGGCUACUGCGAGGUGUCAACCUUGGUAUUACCAUGGUAACCUUGGUGUCAUGGUAACUCCUGUGUCAUGGUAACCUUGGAGUCGUGGUAGCCCUGGUGUCAUGGUAACCCUGGAGUCAUGGUAACCCCUUGUCAUGGUAACCCCGUGUCAUGGUAACCCUGGAGUCAUGGUAACCCUGGUGUCAUGGUAACCCUGGUGUCAUGGUAACCCUGGAGUCGUGGUAACCCUGGAGUCGUGGUAACCAUGGUGACAGCAGCAGGCCCGGUGCUGCUCACCUGGACCCAGUGCAGUCCAGCAGGCCCCUUCUGACAUUUUGUACAUUAAACAGGAAGAUGCAUUAUACUGUGUCAACAAUGGGUUUGCUUUGUUAUCAAAGAUAGAUUUUUUAUUUGAAAUGCAGAGGUUGAUGUUUUUGGAAGAAAAUGAAAUAAAAUGUCAUCUGUUGCUCAG